AUGUCGAGACCGACAACUCCGCUUCCUUCCAACCAGCCGACGAACGAUCAUGCCACGUCCUCGCUGCAUCGGCUAUCGCAGAGAGAGUAUCCGCCGGACUGUCCGCCGCUCAACGUCCGGUGGUAUUACGCGGUGGAUGUCCCGAAGCGAAAGCCGUUCCAACCCCAGAAUACUCCGCCGUCGAAACCUCCGUCGAAGUUCGUAGCGUUCUGCGCUCGCGAUUCCCGCGCCAUCGAGGCCGCCUUCCAAAAGCUUUCAGAAGAGGAGGAGCUCGCCGAGAGUACGAAGUACAAGCGUGCUUCCGCGAUCGAGCUAUUUACGGAUGCGAGCGUGGGUACGGGGAGUUUUGGAGGGUUUGGGAAGCCAUCCCAGGAGAAGGAGGUGAAGGUCCCCGUCAAUGAGGAUUAUCUCUUUGACGUGGACAUCAAGAGGAGAGAGCUGGGACCGGUUUAUUGGGAGGGGCCGGUGUAUGAGGUUAAGCGCGGGACGUGGUUCUAUCAAGAGGGCAGGCCGUGCGACGAGAAUUUGGCUACGCAAAUCGAGGAGGGCUACCUUAACUUAAAGCCAUUCCGGACGGUGGUGGCAGCGGCUACUAAGGAGCAGCCGGAGGCUAAGCCAUCGAAGACGACGGAAUCAAGCACUGAUGGAGAAGCUCCUGCAAAGCCUGUAGCAACAACAACAACAAAAGAUGGCGUUUCAACUUCAUCCACCCAAGCCCAACAGCAAACGUGGAGACUGUUAGGUGCACACCUUAACUCAUUCGUAGUUUUUGUCGAUCCGAAUACAGCAUGGCUCUUUACAGAUGACUUUUACGGGAAACUCGCUGCCACCGUGUGGCAGCGCAUGUCAGCCGGUACUCACAUGGGAGGAAUAAAGCUCGUCAGAGGAUAUUCCGAGCCGAAAUCUACUGUAACGGCUCCAGCAGCUCCAGCGGCUCCAGUAGCUGAAAAUAAGUCCGCACCUUCUGUUGACGAGAAAUAUCAGCAACGAAUGCCGCCGGCUGCAUCGUCUACUAGUUCUACUAUAAGGCAUCCGGACGACGCACCGGACCGACGCAUGAGCGUCUCUUCUGGCCGACUGGCGUUGGAGCGUAAAAUGUCUUCCUACGUGGACCAGCAGGCCGAGGAGAAGAUGAUGGAGGCUGAGAUCAAAGAGGACUACCGCGACGAUGACGAAACUGAUGACCCAGGAAGAGAAAUUGAACAUCUACUAUUGGUGACACAUGGAAUCGGGCAAAAGCUGUCGAUGAAGAUGGAGAGUGUGAAUUUUGUGCAUGAUGUCAACGUCUUCCGAAAGUCGCUCAAGGGCGUCUACGCUGUCAGUCCGGAUUUGCAGGUGCUCAACGGGGAAACUGCCGAGAGCAAGCGGAAGAAUUGCCGAGUACAAUGCCUACCAGUUUGUUGGAGGCAUCUACUUGACUUCCCCAAGCAGUCAUUGAGGCAGAACCGUGGAGAGCAAGAUCUUAGCAGCAAGGACUCGGGUUAUGAGGAGGAGUAUCCCUCCCUCGAGGAUAUUACCGUCGAAGGUGCUCCUUAUGUUCGAAACCUCAUGACGGACCUCGCACUGGACGUUUUACUAUAUCAAAGUGGGACAUAUCGUGAGCAUAUCAUUCGAACAGUUCUUACAGAGUGCAAUCGGAUCUACGCGCUAUUCAAGGAGCGCAAUCCCGGAUUCAAAGGCAAGAUCAGCCUUGUGGGACAUUCUUUGGGAUCGGCAAUUAUCUUUGACAUUCUCUGUCGGCAACCCGGUGAUCCUGGGAUUGUGCUGGCAAAGAAUGAGCUACCGUCACUAGAUUUCCCUGUUGAAAAUUUCUUUGCGUUGGGAUCUCCGGUUGGACUCUUCCAGAUGCUCAAAGGUCGAACCAUCAGUGCACGUCCUAACCAUGGAGGAGAUCCCGUCACUUCUCCUCUGGACGAAAGUUAUGGGCCCUUCGAUCCUAAACCACAUUCAUCCACGGCUGAGAUUCCCUUCCUCGUUUCCUCGCCCAAAUGUGCGCAACUGUUCAACGUUUUUCACCCUGCAGACCCAAUAUCAUACCGCAUGGAGCCCUUGGUAUCGAAAGCAAUGGCCCAACUCAAGCCCCAACCCCUCCCCUAUACCAAGCGCGGCCUCUUCAGCUCCAACGGCCAAAUCGUCGGCGGGAUUUCUGGCAUCGGCCAAAGUGUCACUCGCAGCGUCGCAACAAUGUGGAGCUCUGUCUACUCAGGCAUCGCGAGCUCGAUUCUCAAUCGCAGCUUAGGCAUCACUGAGCCCAUCACAUCCAUUAGCACUUCCGGCGGUGACAAGAAAUCAGGAAUACACCAGAUGGAGGGGAAACACCCACCCACAAUGCUCGAUGCUGAGAUCGAGACGUUGUUCGCCGGGUUCCAGAAGCAGCGGAAGAGUGGUGUCUUGUCAGAUGGAGACGUGGAUGAGUCUAGAGUCAGAAAUGAGGAGGAUAAAGUCCGCGCACUUAAUUCGACUGGACGCAUAGACUUUGCGAUUCAGGAGGGUGUGUUUGACAUCAGUGUCAUCGCGAGCAUUGCUAGUCACUUGAGUUAUUGGGGUGACGAGGAUGUAAAUCAUUUCGUGGUCUCGCAGCUACUAUCGAGAUCUAGGGUUAUGAAACGGAGCCAUAAAGCAGGACUGGGUAAGGGUGAUUUGGGAGAUGGGUGGAGCAUUGGCGGGCUAGAGUAA